CACAACCGCACUACUGAAAAAGUACCGCACUACCGCAACCGCACAACUGAUUUUUCAGUACCGUGCCCACCUCUGGUGUAUGUGUGUGCGUGCAUUAUAUCUGGUAGGUGGAAAGUAGGAUGCAGUGUGUGUAUGUGCAUUAUAUCUUACUUUGCCUUUCCGAGCAACUUGUGGUAAGGAUUGAAGGCACGGUCUGCGGCCGUGCCAACAUUGUCGAAGGGAAGGUACGCGGCUCGAUCUUCAUGACUCUUGGUACGGGCCAGAGAAUAGUCAGUAUGAAAAGAAGAAAAGGUUGACACUUUGUCGCUACCCUUCCCUCAGGCGAGCCGAAUCGCAGUUAUCGUCUUUUAAUUGUAAUAAAUUGACCGCCAAAUUUCUGUAAUGACUGUCCGAGGUGUCAUUAAGCUGGAUUUUUUUUUUUUAACUUUUUCUCAUCAAAGAGUAGAUUUUUUUCUUAUGUUUUUUUUGUUUUCAAAGUAGAAUACAUCAGAGACGCAUUGGCGAUUAAAAAAAAAAAAUGGUUGGUUAGUUGAAAAUCCGUUUUCGUAACACCACAGUCUGCUCAUUUAUCGUCCGGUGGGGAAGGUGGAGAGCACGGAGGAACAGAACACUUGUAUAUCCCCCACUCCUGUUUCAUUGCCCCCGACCCCCCUCUCUCCCUCCGUUUAAUUCAUCUUCUUAGCUGGGGAAUGGAAGAUAGCAUCAGUGUGCUUUGACGCCGCGGAGAAGACUUGUGGCUAGCCUAACUGCGUCUCUGCAUCUUGUUCCCUCUCUCACCCUCCCGUUUAGUUUAUCUUCUUAGCUGGGGAAUGGAAGAUACCAUCAGUGUGCUGGUGACGCCGCGGAGAAAACUUGUGGCUUGUGACUUGUCCACAUCCUUUCAUUCUCUCUGUUUCUCACACACAUGAAUGAAAAUGUUGAAACUGCCAUGAGUAUCAUUAAGAUUCACUGGAAAGAAGAGCAAGAAGAGAAAGGAGAAAAGGAAGAGGAGGAGGAGGAGGAGGAGGAGGAAACUCAGGAUGCGGAGAAAGCGAAGGGUCAAAACAGAGGCUGGUCGCUCAUCUGGGCUGGGUUCUCCAUAAACGUGCUGGCGACGGUGGGGGUCAACUCCUUCGGGGUGCUGUUCUCGCCGCGGCUGCUGGAGUUGGGGUCGUCACCGUCUCUUUUGUCCAGCGUGACGAGCGUGUCGCUGGGCGCCGGCUGUGUGCUGUGCUUGUUCAUGGCGCCGCUGCUGCAUCGAUGGGGAUGCCGUCGUCUGGUGAUGCCGAUCUCCCUGCUCUAUAGCGUCGCCUUCUUCCUGGCAGCCCUCGCCUCCUCGAGGCUGGCAGCGUUUGCUGGAGCCGCUAUGGUUGCCGGGUCGUGUGGCAGGAUCAUUAGCGCGGUGGUGCAGGUGGCCGUGAGUCGCAGUUACCAGCAAAUGCGGCCGCUGGCCAUGGGCGUGACUGCAGUGGGCAUCUCGGUCAGUCAGGUCGUGGGGCCGCCGCUGCUCGCCUUCCUGAUGGGCCACUACAACCUCCGAACGACCCUUCUGCUGACCGGCGUCGUCAUGCUGCACCUUUGCCUCGCCGCCACGCUCUUGCCGUCAGACCCUGCCUGUGACUCCUCUGAGCGGCUGAGUUACUUGGUGGUGCUGCGGCGGCGCGGCGUGCUGUUAUUGUGCCUGGUGAUAGCCCUCUUCAACGCGGGCCUCUUCGUCUCCUGGGCCACGAUCCCGCUGGCCCUGUUCGCCACGGGCCACAGCCCGCACGAGGUUUCCCUGUACCUAAGCGUGGCAGGUCUGGCCAACCUGGUCGCCAGAGUGGCCACCAGUCUGCUACAAGGCCGCUGUUCACGACCACUCUUCGCCCUUAAGGUCGCCUCCGCCAUGGCCGCCGUCGCUAUUUGUGUGUGGCACCUUGUGGAGCAUCGAGUGUGGAAGACGGCGUGGCUGGCCGUGCUCGGGGCAGGCAAUGGCGUCGUCGGAAAUGUCUCAGGUUUGGUGACCCUGGAGGUGGUGGGGCUGAGGCGGCAGGCGGUGGUGGUCAGCCUCGCCUCCAUGUUCUCAGGGGUCGCUAUACUGCUGGUCGGACCUGUGGCAGAUCUGGCUCGAGAGGUGACGGGAACCUACGCCGGCAGCAUGUGCCUGCUGAGCGGCCUCCUCCUGGUGAGCCAGCUGUUGUCGGUGUGCCUGCCCUCUGCCCGCCCACGCUCACGCCCUCCCAACACCCACAAGUACCACCUACUCACCCGCCCCUCAGCGUGAAAAGUGACUCUGACAACCUGCUGAGAAGAGGCUCUCUUAGCGGCAUGUGAAGGACUAGGGAGGUGACAGAUUACGUUUGACUCAAGAACUGUCAUGCGUCAGAGAAAAUGGUUACCAAGAGGAAUAAAAUCACUUUUUAUUAA